AGUACAAUACAUAUUAUUAUUUUAACCCAUAGAAGUUACUGUUUUGAAAAUUGUUCUAUAUUAUGAAUGUUUCAGUACCUACAGGUUUUCUAGUGGAAGUUGCAAGUGAUUGAUGAAUGACGUACCUGAAUUACGCAGUGGAAAUAAUAAUAUUAGUGCCAGUGCUGAAGCUGUGGAAUCUAGUGUUGUUUUGAGUAAUAUUGCUACAAAUAUAUCGUGUUCAGGAUCAUUGAAUAAAAGUGAUGGUAGUGGAGCCACCCAGAAAAGAGGACGGCCUUCAACAAAUAGUGAAAAGAAGGCUGCAAAUGAUACAACUUCUAGCCCAACUCGAAAGCGAAAUAUUGGGAGCACUGUUCGCAGUUUAUUCCAGUCCAAGAGUAAAGAUAGACAUGACACUCAUCGACAACACACUUCAUCUGUUUCAAGUUCUUCAAACUUUCCUACUGUACCAUCUGUUAGUAGCCGUUUGAUCGAUCGCAACUUAAGCACCGGUGCAUCAAAGAAUCGUCGUAAAUCUAGUACUCCUUCCCCCACAGGAACUACCACGGGUGCGGGGCAUUCCAGCCUCGGACAUGAGAAAAAGGUGGCUAUCCAAGGUACUGGGGGACGUGUGGCUGCCGGAGGUGGUAGGAGAGGGUCUCGUAGCUCUCGACCAAGUUCACGAGGCUCUGUGGACACUCAAGAAGUAUGUAAAACUCCUGCCAUCUUAUCACCAUCUAAAGGAGAGUCUACUGGGCCUGGGGAUGUGGAAGCUAGUGGAGAAGGGGAGAGUAUGUGUUCUUUGUCGAUAGCAUAUGAGGAGGCUGUUUCCUCUCCCACACAACCAGAUAUACUUGAGGAAACAGCUGGACAUGGAGUGAAUAGAGGUGUAUCAGAAGAAUCAGGUUUCAUAUCUGAAAACAUUCCAGGGAGGUUCAAAUCUCAUGUAAUUGGUGAAAAACUAUCUCAUGUUGUUAACCUUGUAAAUAAUGUGAAGCAGGACAAGAAAGAAUUAGGGAAUGAUCGUUUUGAUGUCUGUGUUGCCAAAACCCUUCGGUAUAGUGAACAAGAUGUUGUGCUUGAGGAUAAAGUGGUCAUUGAGAGUGACUUGGGAAAGGUGGAAGAUGGUCCACCUGCAGUGUUGGAACCAGAAGAAACACCAGUUUCAGUAUUGGAAACAAAACCUUCAUCUACAGAACAUGCUCUUGAAGAUGAUGAUGAGGAGAAAGCUAUUGGAGCUUCUCCUGAUGGUAGAUUUUUGAAAUUUGAGGAAGAAAUUGGACGUGGUAGUUUCAAAACUGUAUUUAGAGGUCUAGACACUCAGACUGGUGUUUCAGUUGCUUGGUGUGAAUUGCAGGAAAAGAAACUAAAUAAAACUGAACGACUUCGUUUCCGUGAAGAGGCAGAAAUGUUGAAAGGUCUGCAACACCCCAAUAUUGUACGCUUCUAUGAUUAUUGGGAAGUAACUUUAACCAAAAGAAAAUAUAUUGUGCUAGUUACUGAACUCAUGACUUCUGGAACAUUGAAAACUUAUUUACGCCGUUUCAAGAAGAUAAAUCCUAAAGUGCUUAAGUCAUGGUGUCGUCAGAUUUUGAAAGGUUUAAACUUUCUUCAUUCUCGAAGUCCACCUAUUAUACACAGAGAUUUAAAAUGUGACAAUAUUUUUAUAACUGGUACCACCGGCAGUGUGAAAAUUGGAGACUUGGGUUUGGCAACUUUAAAAAACAGAUCAUUUGCAAAAUCUGUCAUAGGCACUCCAGAGUUCAUGGCCCCUGAGAUGUAUGAAGAGCACUACGAUGAAAGUGUAGAUGUUUAUGCAUUUGGAAUGUGUAUGCUGGAAAUGGCCACUUCAGAAUAUCCAUACUCUGAAUGCAGUGGCCCUGCUCAAAUAUAUAAAAAAGUUGUUAGUGGCAUCAAACCACAGAGUUAUGAUAAAGUGGAAAAUGUGGAAAUUCGGGAUAUAAUUGAAUGUUGUAUUCGACCAAGGAAAGAAGACAGGCCGGAAGUUAAAGACCUUGUUGUGCACGAGUUUUUUGCCGAGGAUCUUGGCUUACGCUUGGAAUUAGUGUCAAGGGAGGAGGCAAUAUCAUCACUCUCAAGUAAAGUGGAAUUUCGUUUAAGAGUUUUGGAUCCUAAGAAGCGAAGUAAUAAACACAAGGAAAAUGAAGCAAUUCAGUUUGAAUUUGAUAUACUGACUGAUAAUGCAGAGGAAGUUGCAAGUGAAAUGGCUAAAUCUGGUCUUAUCAUGGAAGAUGAUGCACGUUAUGUUGCAAAAACUUUGAAGAAUCAAAUAGCAUCUUUGACUAGAGAAAGGGAAGAGCGCAAGCAGCAUGAUAAAGAAAGUGAACAUGCAGCUGAAACAUUGAACGAAACCGGUUUUGUUGGUAUUCCAAAAGGAGAAUCACAACAAACCCAGACAUUCACUCAACAACAAGGACAGCACCCUGUCAACAUGCAAGGUGGCUAUCAAGGAACUUCCUUCAAUCCAGUAUACCAACAAAGCAGUACAUACACCACAGUUCCAGCGUCUGACCAAUUAUUGCACCAAGUGCAACCACCAACUUUGUCUCAAGUGACAAAUGUUCAACAAAUUUUGCAACCACAACAACCAACAUCAUCUGCCCCUGGACAACCUCAGUCUCAACUCCAACAUCAGCCACAACAAUCUCUACAAAGCCAAGAUCAACAUUUUACUCAUCACCAACAUGAUCAGUCUCAGCCGCACCAGGUUCAUCAGGGAGAUAGUCAACCUAUGCAUCAAAAACAACCAGCCCCACCACAAGAAACAUUUCUGAUUCCUCAGCAGCAGUCAAAUGAAUUUAAUAUUCCAUCACAUCCACAUCAUGAAUUUCAACCACCUGUUGCUCAAUCUAGGAUUGACACAAGUGUACAAACAAACCCUCAGACAUCUCAGCAGAAGCUAUUAGAGUUGCCUUCUCAUGAAGAUGCAUAUUUAAUUCAAGACUCAAGUUCUGAACAGGAAGAUUUCAUUUUGCAGCAAGGAGCCUUGGACUCUCAGAAUAGUUCACAGACUCAACAGGCAUAUUAUCAACAGAAUCAACCUCAACAUUUGUUACAGCACUGUCAAGUCCAUCCCACAUAUUCUUCUGUGCAACAUCAACCGUAUCAACAGCCAUUCUGCUCUUAUUCAGAACAGACAUUCCAGCCCUCACAGUUGCAUUUGCAUUGCUCUGAGUCCCAAGCACCGCAGAAACCAUUCCAUGCACAGUCCCUCCAAAAUGUGCAGCAACAACCAUUCCAACAAAUUUCUCAACCUCAGUUUUCUAAGCAAGAUCAAGGUUUACAACUUCAGGAACAAGUCCAUCCUGAAGUUCAAACUCCAGGUGAGAUGUUGAAACAAUCUGAAUGUCAUUCUCUGAAUGCCAUCGAAGUUCAGCAAGUAUACUUUCCUCAGAGAUCAAUUCAAGAUGAAGGGGAUGUUGUUCAGUCUCAAAACUACAAUUACUGUGAACAGCAAAUCUAUGAUAAUGAGCCUGUUAUAGAUACUAGUAAUACCAUCCUAUAUGAUGCAGUUUCCACUCAUAGUCAAGAAGAAUCAAGUAAAAUAAAAGAGAAUUCAGAAAAUGAAUUCACCAUCCAUCAGCAAGAACAACAUUAUGUACAUGAACAACAGGAAGAAAACAAUAGGACAAGUUCAAGUGACCAAGCAUUAUAUAAUACAAAAUUUAAUGUAUCCCGCACACAAACGUUAGAAAAGGAGAUAUUUCUUUUGCAAGUAUCUUCUCAACAAUCCCAAGUGUUACUUGAAACACGAUCUCAUUUACAAACCCGUGCAACUGUGACUGAAUCAACACAGACUUUGCAACAAGUUAAUGCUCGAGUAGAUGCGUCCACUGAAGUGGAAGAACUAAAGUUAAUGGAAAACGAACGGCAAAUUUCAGAAAAUAAAUUUGAACUGAAAGAAUUACGAAAGGAUCAAGAACAGCAAACUGAAGGGCUGUCAGGCUAUCAAGAAAGUAAAGAUAAAUCUCUUAAAGAGAAACAAGACAACUUCCACCAAGAGCAAUAUCAAGAAGUGCAACAUCAAUCACUGCUGCAGCCACAACCAUCACAAUGUCAGCAGCCAAGUCAACAUCAGUCACAGUUCCAGCAACCAACCCAACAGUCACAACUCUCACAGCCAACACAACAAUAUCCUACUGUAAUUAACACACCUCCAAUGUCACCAAGAAAGAUGCCGACUCAGCAAUCACUUGAUUUCAAAGAUCCAAUGAGCAAUCUUACUGCAAAAGAUAUAACAUCAUCUGAAAGUGGAAGUACAGAAAGUGGUGAGAGACGGGCUAAGAGAAGUACGGCAAAGCGUCGCUCUAAGAAUACUACAGAACGAGGUCCUAAAUUAUCAGUACUUUCUGUUGGAAACAAUGGUUCUGAAAUAGAUUUUCAACUAGAAACUGGGAAAUACAAGACUGUAUCUGAGAAUUUGUUGCCAGAGCAUUACUCAGAUGUAUUUAUUGAACUUAUUAAUGAUGUGGUGAAACAACUUAAAGAAAAUCCUGGUCGUUUACCUGUAAUAGAGGCAGCUACAACAGAAACUGCAAACCGAAAAGCAAGGGAUAGAGAACGAGACCAUACUGACACUCAGUCUAGGGUUCGACAUUCUUCACUAACUCGGCAGAAUUCACGCAGAGCUUCAUACAAGGGUCAUCGACGUCAUCGUUCGCGAGAUGAGACAGCCACUGCUAGCAAGCUUGCAGAGACUUUAGACAAGAAGAGAGCCUCAUUAUCAGGACCUAGCAGUCCUAUGCAUGUUUUACAUCAACAUCCUCUUUCUGGCAUUACACCUCCAGUAUCAGCUUCAGGGCCCACACUAAAUGUUGCCCCUCAGGUACGGCAAGUUUCUAGAUUCCUGGUUAGCCCGGUGGUUGAAACAAAAAGUUCUGUUCCACCUCCAGUUGCCACUAUGGACAGCAUUGAACAUGUAUCAAGCAGAUGUGAUUCGACUACCCAAACAUUAAAUGGCAGCAUUGUGGAUUCAGCAAAGAAACUCAUUGAAUGUGAACAAUAUUCUUCUUGUGAGAGUGUUGAUACCAUUCCUCAUGAUUCACCUGUUCGCUCUGCAGAUUUAACUGAAAAAUCACAAUUGGUAGAUACCAGAAUUAUUGAAUCAAUUGAAGUUGAAAAGGAUAAUGUUCUUCCAGAAAUAGCGACACCUUCAUUUGUGGCAAACGAUGCUGUUCCUCAAAUCAAUUAUACUGAUUCAUCUGCUUCUGAGGGUUUUAGUGUAAACAGUAUGUGUGUGAAUCAAACAACUUCUGAUUCAUCUCAGAUGACUUCAUCAAAUACCAUUAAUAGUUCUGUACCAAAUUCUGAAAUGUUCCCUCUUACAAGUUCAUGCCCGAAUAUGAUGAGGGAUAAUAGUGUCUUAACAACCACAUGUAUUACGUACAAACCAACAAUUGAAAUGGCAGGAAUUAUGUCUAGCACUGUAGUAGAUAUAAUGCAACCUUCACAACACAGCAGUUUUAAUGAUUCAACAGAUUCUGCCACAUCUACUACAGCUGCUGCUACUAUGGCAACUACACCUAAUAAGCCUAUAAGUAGUGUAACUUCACAAUUUCUUGAUUCUGGCUUUUCAUCUGAUAGUUUCCUGUCUCAUUCAAAUAUAGACUCAUCUUUGCCAAGCAUGAAGGAUGAUGUACAUGUUUAUUAUUCUCCUGCUAUUCAAAUUGAUAAUUAUAGUUCAUCUGAACACGAUCAAUCUGCACCAAUAAGCAGAGUCAAUGUUCAGGAGAGAAUAACAGUUUCGACUUCUACAGAUUUAGAUCUUGAAAAGGAAUUACCAGUUGUUCAGUCUGGAAUGGAAAAAUUAUCACAGGAUGUCUCGGGUGCUGCUAUAUCCAUUGAAAGGGAGGGUCAUAAGAACAUGAACUUGGUUUCUCACAUGCAACAUGAAAUUCAAGAAAUGAAAAUUACUGCUGAUGUUGGUGAAGUAUCUAAUGUCAUACACAAUACUGCAAAUGUUCAAAAGUUAACUUCAUCAAUGCCAACUGACUCUAGUGGUUCAGAGUCAACUGUUCCUUAUUUAGACCUGCGUCAGUCUGAAAAUAGUGCUGCACCCUCUGGAACAGUAAUGUCUACUACAAAGUCUACUGGUUUUGAUUCCAAUUCAGUUCAAUGUGGUGUUAAUCCAACUUCUACAGAAAGUAAUUUACAGUAUUCAAGGUACCAUAAUUACCAACCAAGUGGUCUACCAGUUUCUACUAGUUUCAGUUCACCAUAUGAAGACAGAAGUUCUGUAUUAUCCCUACCUGGCGUUACAUCCUCUGCUUCGAUGGAUUCUAGAAAGAUUAAUGAAAAUCUUUCAAAUUAUGUUCUCCAUUCAGUUGAUAAUUCUCGAGAUCCAAUAACUGGUCAUGAUAAUUCAGUAACAACUAAGGCAGAUAUUAGGGAUGGUAGUAAAAUUAAUGUUGCUGUACAACAAGACAAGAUUUCAAGGAAUAUGGCCAAUUCAUCAACUUUGAAUACCCCUCCUGAUGUUCCACUUCUUUCUCCUAUGCCAAGUUCUACAGGUCAGCCUGAUCCACCUAGAAUGCACAUAAAUGUUGAACAUUCAAAUGGAGAUAAUUUAGCUCUUAAAUAUAAUACAGUUGAAAGUGACAACAGUAUGGCUAGCUUUACAUCAGAUGCGAUGAGUCACUCUGUAUCCACAUUGCCUUGUGCUAAACAAACUAACACAAGCAAUGACGUCUAUCAGGAAAAUAUAAGUGAUUCCUCUGGAACAGUUAGUGGAGUACUGAACACUGAAAGUACAUCAAGAACUGCUCAGAAUUUUCUAGCAAGACAACCUUGUGUGAGUACACUCUCAACUGGUGAUAAUGAAAUAAGCAUUAACAUUCACACUGGACCAGUUAGUCCACCAGUGCCUGUUGAUAAUGUUAAUUUACAACUAGAACCACUAAAGGCAGUUAAUAUUCAAAUGUGCCCUAGUCCUUUGAAAGUGUCCAUGCCUGAUGUAACAUACUGUUUGAACAAUUCUCUACCAUCUCACAUGAUCAAUCAGCUUCCUAGGUCAGUUUUUACUGAUCGCUCAGGUAGUGAAUGCUGGAUUGGCUUGACUGAAGAAGGCGCUAAGAGAGACUUGUUCUCAAGAGAACAAUUGCUUCCUGAACACUCAGUACAUGAACGGGGUGAUGAAAAACUUCCUGAUAGUUUAAGUUUUGUGUGUGAUUCAUCAGUAGGAGGCAGCCAACCACUUUCAAUUUUGACCAAUAUUUCUCAAGGAGUAAAUGAUUUUGCCAACAACAAACUAAUGAAUCAGAUGUGUUUGGUCCAAGGAAAUAAUGUACAUCUAGCAGCAGUGCUUGCACAAGGACAUAAUGUAGACACAUUGGUUAGUAAAUUGAAUGUAAGUGACUUGCAAGGGAAAAUAUCUCAACAAAUCACCUCAGAGACUGUUGAUAAUACUUCAGUUGAUUCUUCUGCACAUCCUAGACUGUCUCAACAGAACUCAUUGGAUAAAGGGCUACAAGAUGCCAGUGGACCGCAAACUAUAGCUGAUCUGCAACAGAAAUUAGUGCAGUUAACUUCACAACCAACUGAACUUACAAUUGGAACUCCUCCAUCCCAUCCUGCGACACCUCAUCUUCAGCAUAGUUAUGACACUUACAUGCAAACAUUACAGCAAAAGUUGGCUUUUAUUUCCAUGCAGGGAGGACAGAAUCUCGGUCCAUUGUCUCCUCAAAGUACAUUGCAUGCUGUGAUGACUGGUAGUUCAAUACCAUCUGUAUCUACUGAUGUACCGGUGACCUGUGCUCCUCGAGUAGAGCAAGCAGAGUCUAUUCAAGCAACUUCAGCAAUGCCUAAUGUGUCAACAGGACCUCAACAUGUUGUCAUUGCAGCCACUGCUGGCCAUGUUGACAGUAGUGGCACCAAUAGUAGUGGUGUCAUGUCUCCGAGUCAGUCUCUGACCCGUGAAGAACUUCUUCGUCAAAGCCGACCUCGCCCAGCUGCAAUUGAUCUUCAUGAUCUUCAGCAGGAAUUGGCAAAAAUUCAUGUGGGCCAUCGUAGAGAUUUACAAAGCCAUCUGAGUGUUUCUCAAACACCCACAAGUUCUCAACAAAUACCUACUCCUCAUCAAGUUUCUCAACAAGCAUCUUUGCUGACCACUGUUCAGAAUUUACCUGUAUCACAACUUGCCACACCAUUGCCUGUUGUUACUGCCCCUUCAUUCCCAUCUCCAGCACCCCAGUCUUCCUUACUUCCCAUGUUAAGCACUGUUUCAAAUAUCAGUGUAAAUACCACACCUGAUGAAUCUUCCACUAUGGAUCCAAGAACUAUGAACAAAGAAGAUAAUAGCCGAGAAUCUGACAAGAACUCUUCUGUACAAAACAAAUCUGUGGAUCACAAGAUUUCUAGGUUCCAUGUUAGUGUUGUCAAAGAACCUACUGCAGUGCCUGCAUCUGUGGAUGCAGCCAAUCCUAAAGCAAUUAAAAGGGGACGUUUCAGUGUGGUAACUCAUGCUGAAGAGUCUCCUCUGAGUGUCAAUACUGAUGGUGACACAGUAGAAUUGUCCAGCAAUUUAAAGCAAGAAGGGGCAAGAAUUGAUAAUAUAUCGAAUGUUCCCAACUCAGCAAUGCAGUCCAGGAUUCAGGUGACUUCAUCAUCAACAGUACUCCAUGCGAAAUCUUUAUAUUGUCCAGUUUUCUCACUAAAUCCACCUCCUGCUUCUAAAGAAGAAUGGACUUCAAGGAAAAAGGCUCAAAGAAUGGCUCUUCAGAACCAAUUUCUGUGUCACGGAUAUAGAUCGUUUCCUGCAUGUGAAUCUGAACUACCAUCAUGCACUUCAAGUUCAAGCAAUGAUGUAAAUGAUAAACAAUCAAACUUAGCUAGCAGUUUACUGAACUCUAAUAGUCCUUAUUCAACUGAUUCCACAACUCUGAAUUAUUUUGUUGAUCAUCCAUAUCCUUCUGAUAAGGAAAAGUCAUCUCACAAAAUGGAAAGAAAUUAUUUGUCAAAGGUAAAUCCUAUUGCCAGAUCAUGGAAUGACUUUCCUUCUGUUAAUGUAAAUAGAUUUCAAAGUUCAACCAGUUUUACUCGUGAAUCAAAACAUUUUAAGCAGAGAAUGCUCCCUAGUCCUCAUAAUAUUGCAUUAACACAUUUAGGCAGUAUGUUCCAAAAACCUCUAUUAAAACGUGCACACAGUGCCAUUUUGGAAAUAGACAAGGAGUGUGAUAAUAUUUCAAGAUCUUCUGAUGCUCAUUCAUCCAUGUUUUAUGAUGCAAAAAGUGAAUCUUCGCUCCUAGAAGAAUCCAGAGUAGGUGAAGAUUAUAAUAGGGAUGCACUUCCAAAUAAUAAUAAUAAUAACACAAGUAAUUUAAGUAAUCAGUUUGUUCUGAGAAACAGAUUACUGCGGCAUAGUUCAAAUGUUUCAAUUCCAAGUACUUUAAAGUUGCUUGACAAAAGAUCAGGAGAUUUUCACACAACAUGUAACACUUUGUCUAUGCCUGCCCUAAAUAGUGAUGAGAGUAUUUCAAAAAUAAAACCUAAAAAUUUAAGAACAUUGCCUAGGAAAAUUGGAGAAAAGUCUGAUGCUUCUUAUUAUAAAACCUUCUCUCACUGGCCCAUUGACAGGGCUGUGAACCAGCAAGACAUUCAUGUUAAAGAGCAACUAAAGUGGACUCAGAGUUCUCAUGGAGAUGAGAAUACUUUUUUUAACAGAAAGCAUCAUCAGACUCGGAGAAAAUUACCUAUUCCUCCAUCAGGACAAAAUCCUAUACGACUCAAAGAAACAUCAAAUAAUUCUUUACUUACUGUUCCGAUUACUGGCAUUCACAAACAAAUAUCUUAUGAUGAUAUAUUCAAUUUGGAGUACAAAAAUAGGACUAAUGGUGAUGGUGAGAAAAAUAUUGGACCUUUUCUUACCAUUAAACAAAAAGAAUGUAAUUCAGAGCGUGAACAUUUGAAACAUACAAAGAGCAUGUCAAAUUUGUAUCCAAGUUGUGCUAGAAGUCCCUCAGAAACAAAAAAUUUCCUCAGGAGUUCAAGUUUCAGAAACUGUGUCCGUCUGGGUCCUUUACAUGUACCAGAAAUGUCUACUAAAGUUGAUGAUCGUGUUUACCACACUGUACAUGCAGGAAUGCAGGUUCCAAAAGACCUUGAGUGGGACAUAAAGAAGUUUGAUAGUCAAAAUGAAGAUGAUUUACUUUCUAAUAAUUCAGAUGAAUUAGAGUUUGAAGAUGCUUUGUAUUUUGAAGACACUUGUGAUGCUGAUAGUAGUGAUCAUUUUAGCGAUACAUUUUUCUCUCAUGUUAUUAUUGCACCUAAUGAUAAUGCAUAUCAGAUGGGAAGUGAAGAAAGAGAUGUCGAAAUUUCUGCAUUAUUGAAUGAAGGAGCACAAACUGGUGAGGGUAGUUUGAAGAGAGAAAUGAAUUUUGAUCUGCAUAGAAAAUUGCACCAGUGUACUUCAGAGUUGUAUCAUGGUACUCCCAGUGAUUUAUUAUCUGAGCAUACAGUGAAACAGAGAGAAACAUUGCCAUACCAAACUGGUUGGGCGAAUACACGUGAGAGACUGUUGCAUUCUGCCAACAGUUUUACACAAGAAGAAAUGCAACAAGAAAGGCAUUCACAGGACGCAGACCACUCGAAGGACACUUAUUAUCACCGUCUUGGAUUAAAUGAAAAAAUGAGGAUUCUACUUGCCAGACACCAGUUUGAAUUAGAAUCACUUCAACUUCGACAUCGUGCUGAACUAAUAGCUUUGAGAAAGCAAUUAGAACACUCAGAAUCAGGUGGACAAAUCCUGGAUAGUCUCAACGACUAUUCGGUACCUGUUGGAAUUCAAGGAGCUAGUCUGGAUGAUCAAGUACUUUUCAGUACUGCCCCACAGUCGCCUACUAAUUCAGAUAGUUUUGCUCAAGAAAAUGGUCUACGUCAUCAUUUAGGAGUGGGUAACUCAAUGAAAAAUCAUUUUAACUAUUCCCAUGUUGCUGGAUCUGGGCAAGAUUGGACACAUGAGGAGACUUGUCAGCAAGUUGUAGGUAGUGAAUCAACUGGGGCUCUUCCGAGGCACAAUAUCUGUGGCCAGAUUUUAAAUCAAAAUACUGUAGGAACAUCACAUUCUGUUCCUGGAAACAAUAUUUCAGUUACUACUUCUGCCAAUUUAAAUGCUCCUUCAGAGGCUAAUAUGUUAACUCUCGCAAAUUUGGAUGCUUCAAAUCGUCAGUCACAGUAUCAGUGGCUUUCGCUUGAAAGUAACCAGGAUAGUAAUGUUCUUGGAAUUCCGUCUGCUCAGUAUUUUCAUUAUCCUAGUGUUGGUUUGGGAGGUCUCCCAGGAUUUCGCAGAGUACCUUCUGUGUCAGGCAGUCUCCUUCAAUUUGCACAAGGCACUUCCCCCCAGUUAGAGCCUCCAAUAGUUCCAACUGGUUACUACUUUCAGCCUGCUGUAACACCUCUCCUUCAGGCAGGAAUGAGAUUUGUCUAUGGCACUCAUCAACAAGAGAAUCAAGAGAAUAUUGGUCAUUCAUAUUCACCUAGUGUACAUCCAGGAAGCCCCACCAGCUCUGUUGGCCCAGCUAGCCCUGGUAUAGAACCAGUGAUUGUUCACGCCAAUACUGAGUCUGUUGAGAACCAGGAGAAGAGUUUUACUGUUGUAGAGAAUCCGUCACUUCGCCACUGAAUAUUAUUCUUUUUGAAAUGAUUGUAUAUAUUUAUAUUUCUUGUAAAAAUAAAAUGAAGUAAUUUUGUAUAUUUUUUCUUUUUCUGCACCAUGAUAGAAAGCCUAAAAAAGUGCCAGUUUAGACAAAACUAUUUGUAAAAGAUGUGUCCAAUGUAUAUAAUGGUGAUAAGUGUAACAUUAUACACUAAGUGAAUAUGUAUGCAGAGUAAGCCAAAAAAAGUUAACUUUGAAUUGUUUGGCAUGACUAUUUAUUUUCUCUCCAUGAAUUGGUUUUCUAUCAUGAAUGACAACAUCAAUGCUCUUUAAUCUUGAAGUUCUCAAAUAAAAAGUGGCAGAUGUACAAAAGUGGUCAUUUUGAUACAAACAAAUAAACAAUUUUAUGGUAUUUGCAAUCCAUUAAUAUUGCAGGUAAUGCAAGACACAUUAUUUGGAAGUUAGAAAGGAAAAAUGUACUUACACAAGAAUUUGAAAUCUUCAUUCAAAAGUAUUGUCUCUGUGUUAAAGAUUCUAUCGAUAAUAACAACAACCAAAAUGUACUGUUUUUUCAACUAUAUUGAGCAAACUUUGGAACAUUUAGUAUGGUUUAAGAGGAGCAACUUGUAAUUUGGUUAGUUUAAAGAGCAUUACAUUUAAGUUUUCAAGAUAUUAUAGUAUUGUAUUAUUUCUGUAAUCAAUUUCAAAAUGUUUUCAAAAGAAAAUUAUGAAACUUGUUCAAUUCUAUUACUGUUUUUGAAUUCAGGUUUGUUAACCAAACAAGUUUAAAGUUUGCUAGUUUUUGGCAUAUCCUAUGGGUUUGUAUGUAAAUUAUUUUUGCAGGUCCAAUAUUGAAUUUCAGAGUAAUUGCUUUUGCACUUGCAGAGGUGCUAAAUUUAUUUACGUAUGCAUGCAUCUAAUUACUGUGUGAUCUGUUGUAUCAUUAAAUAUGUCCCUGUGCCUACGUACAUGUGCAUGCCCUGGGUACGUAUUUCCCAGUUGCCACUUGUCACUCGAGUCACCUAUCUGACAUUAAAAUCUGUAAUUUAAGUAAACUGUAAAUGAUAAUAUAUUUUCUGUUAUAUUGUUUGUUUAUUUUUAUGUAUAUAUAUAUAAAUAUAUAUUUUAUAAUUUAUUAUAUUUAUAUAUAUAUAAAUAAAAACAUAAACAGUCUUGUAAAUGAUAAUUGUAUUUGUAAGUUGUAGUUUUGUAUUCCUUUCUCUAUCGCAUUCAUUCAUUUGUUGCUUUGUUGUCUUGACUUUGGGUUUAUUUCCUCCUCACCUUGUGUAUCUUCCAUAUUUGUUGACGAUUAAAUGUCCUCCCACAGUCGUCAUCUCCUUUGCAGUUCUCUUGCUUUUCCAGUGUCUUCCUCACAAAAUUAAAUUCUUUCUCCCUCCCUCCUUAGAUUUAGACAAAACAGAUAAGCCAUCAGUUUCCAUAUUUUGAUUUGAAUUAUCCAGUGUUUAAAAUAUAAACAUAUAUGCACAUAUAAUGUUCCUAAUACAUAUACCUAUUGGAUUGGGCAAAAGUGUAAGUUACUUUCAAAUCUUGAUCUAGAUUUUAUGCUCCACCAUUGAUGAAAGAUGGCACUUAGCCUAUUAUUUUUAUAUAUUUAGUGUUUUGCAUUUUAUUUAAUCUUAUAUUCCUUCUAUGAGCUCUUAAAACACUGUACAUAUUUAUUCACAUUAAUUUAUAUCAUGAGAUUAAGGUGUUUAUGUGAGGAUGUUUACAGAAAUGCUGUAAAAGUUUCUAGGGUUCUUUUCUUGAGUAUUUCAAAAAGUGGUUUUUAAACAGUGUUCCUAUCACAACAGUUCAUGCCAAAAACUUCAUUAUUCAACUAUUGGUGGAAUGGAACUUUUUAUAUUUAUUUUUAUUUGUUUACAUGCUCAUGUGAUUUGUAUUAUUUCUAAUCAUUGCUGUUAAUUAUUCAAUUUGGAUAUUAGCAUUGGUUUUGGAACAAGAUGUGAAAUUCCAGUCAGCAAUGCCUUUAAAGGAAGGUUACUUCAUCUCGAAAUAUGUAGUUACAAUGAAAAGCGUGAAAUGUUAGUGAUUACUUUAUUUAUUACAUUGUUACAUAACAUACAUUUUUUUAGUUCUUUAAUAUUGUACUACUACCAGCUCCACAAGCAAUACUGAAAAUUCUAUUCAUGUCUCAUAAAUGUUCAGAAUUUUUUGUGCAUUGGUCAUUUUUCUUUAGAAUUGAUUAGGAAUCCUAACACCACUGAAGACCAGAUUUUGUGGAUAUUGUCGUAUUUAAAAAUUAAAACUAAAAUAAUGUAUGAAACAUAUUUUAAUCUUAUUAUCCUGAUUUUUUUACUCAGAAAUACUUGUAAUCACAGACCAGUAUUUGAUUCUGGCAAAACUGUCUUCGUGUUUUAUCAGUACAGUGAAGAACACAAGUAUUUUUCAUUUUCAGAAUAGAAAUAAUAUCCUUUAAAUUAUAAAAUGUGUUGUCAAUACCUGUUGGUUUGCUCAAUCCAUUAAGUAUGUGUAUUUCAUUUAUUAGAGUGCUGAAGAGUUUUAUAUAUUAGAGCAGAUCUCUGUGAUUAUUUGGGUUUUACCCUUAUCCCUAUGAUUUGUAACCAAUGACUGAAAUAAAUCUUUUGAUUAUUUAUUUUUUGAUCUUGAAGUAUAGUGCUUUGUUUCCCCAGUGUAUACAGAACUGAAAUAGUCUUUAAUCAGUGUAAAUUUAGUGUAAUAUAUAUUUUUGUGUUUGUAUUCAAUAGGCAGCCUAGAUGUUUGGUUGCAUACCAGACAUUUUUCCUGAAAAUUAUCUACAAAUUAUGCAGCAAUGAGAAGCUCUAGUCAUUUUAACUUAUGACUAUGACAAAACCAACAGUUGUAGGCCUCAGAUAUCUAGGCUGCAUGUCUCCAAGGGAGAAAUCCCUAUGUAAAAUCUGUUGUAUUAUUGUUGGCUUGGCUAAUCUCUCUUCAAAAAUGUAUUUGAAAUAUAUCAACAUUAUUUUCUCUUUGUUUUCAUAACAUCCUUUCUAGUACUGUAUAGUAUAAAUAAUAUGUAUGUAAUCAGUUGUAAGUUAAAUGUGAAUACUUUCUAGGUAAAUGUUACAGUUCAUGUUUCAGGCUGCAUUAUAUUCAGAAGUUUCCUUUUUAAUAUUUUAAUAUACUUUGUUGUCUUCUUUCAGGAAUAAUAGCUCUAGUGGAGUAUAGCUACUUUUCUCAAAAUCUAUUUUGAUAGUCCAGUUUCUACAUGUUGCCUGAAGUGGGAAAUUAUAAAAACUAACUAAACUAUAUAUUGUAUUUGGAAUGAACAAUUUUAUUUCAAGUAUACUCACCUUGGUGGAAAUUAUUCAAGCAAGCAUAUUGCUCUCUCACCCAUUAUAUGCUGUAGAUAUGAUUGAAAAGUUUUAAAUCCAGUACAUCACAAUGGUAAUUGUGACAAUUUCUGAAGUAUAAAAAUGUCUACGGUUUUAUAUUAUUUGUGGUUCAGGAAAGUCAAAUCAAAAGAAAAGUAGUGAAAUGAAAGUUCAUUUUUCCACUUAUCCUCUGUGGCUUAUCAUUGUUGUAACAAAGAUAUUUGUGUUCUAUCACCAUAGUGCUUCCCUAAUUUUAAUGUUAUUGUCUCACUGGGAAUGGCCAAGUUACUUCAGUCAAGAACGGUCGGUAAUAAUGAGCAAAUGUCACAUCAUAACAUAUAUAAUCACUGACCUAUGGCCAUUGGUGCAGGAACCCAUUUGAUGUGUUUACAUUAAAUAAUGUGUACAUGUCAUUUCCAUAGAUUUUUUUCCAGGAUGUCAUCCAUCAAAUACCGAAAGGAACUUAUACUCUGACAUCUAAUGUGAUUUUUUUCAUUGUCUUACUUUUCCUAUUGAUGGAUGUAAGUAAAUGAAUUAUAACAAAUACCUCAUUUUAUUUCUUAUGAAAUUAUUUAAGUCUGCAUUAGAGAUUUGGAAUGGAUGAGGCAACAAUUUGUGUUUUGCUUUGU